CGCAGCCUCGGCGCAGGUCGACCCUCGCGUGGAGGUGGGCCACGACCAGGCGGCGAUGGUGCGCGCCUACCUCAACCGCGGGAAGCACGGCGGCCUCGGCACCGGCUACGGCAUCGACGAGCGCGCGGCGCUCGUGCUCUCGCUCUACGACUGCGCGGGGCGCAACUUCACCGCGGUGGGCUCCAAGGGCUUCCAGUACUGCUUCGAGCGGCCGCACCACCCGCUCGAGCGCGUGGCGGUCGAGCGGCGCGGCGCGGCGCUCUCGCUCACCUACCGCGCGCACGACAACUCGACGCAGCGGCCGCUGCUCGUCCACUCCAACGGCGCCGGCGCCAAGGGGCGGCAGGUCGCGAGCAGCCCCGUCUUCGCGCCGCUGCGCGAGCAGCUCUCGCUCGCGCGCGAGUCGCUCCUCCGCCGGCGCAUCCUG